CGCAGGGUCUCGUAGUAGCGCGCACAUGGGUGAUGGGCCUACUUCAAUUCUCUUUCACUCUUCCCGCCAUUUGUCUUCAUCUUCCAUCCAAGUCGAGCAGCCACAAAACCCUAGGACGGGAGCUCGUUGCCGCGCGAAGAAGGUCUAGGGUUUGGUUUUCCUCGUGGCUAUUUCUUCGUUCGUGCUUCGGAUUCGCAUGCUUCGCGUGAAGUGGCGCUUUGAAAGAGUCGCUGAUGAUGCUUCUUCAUCUCCUUCGACGAUGUCGGGUCGGUAGUCGCGACUGGAACUCGCCGCGAAGGAUUUAGGCAAAAUCAUGCUAAAAUCCGGCAUUCUGCAGGAUUUAAAGGUGUCAUUUUCGCUGUUUGGCAGGAUCUAGGCUGAAUCCUGCUUAAAACCUGCUCAAAUCCAGUUACCAAACAACCCCUAAUUCCGACAUGGAUACAGAGAUCAAAGCUGAGUUCGAGAAGGGCGGCUUCUCUAUGGUCGAGGAGGACGAGAUCCUUCAGAAAUGUCUCACGUACUGUAUAAAUUAUAAACUCAGCCCGGCGGAUCUUGUUGAGAACUGGGAGAUAUACUAUCUCAACAGGCAAUUAAAUGGUUUAAGGAUAGAGACCUCUUACAUGGAUGGGUUUUUGUCACAUCUUCAACAUGACCAGAAGGAAAGAAUUAUCAAGGAGGAACCUAAUUUACAUAUCUAUUCGAGCAAUGAUAUUGAUAUGUUACACGGUGAAGAACAAGAUAGCAUCAAGGAAGGGUUGCUUAACACACCAAACCAUUUUUAUGAGAGGCAGAAUUUGGAGUCAAAUGCAGCUUCAACACCAGCUACAAGUGAAAAAUCUUCAUCUACAAUGAAAUUAAACCUAAAUAGCCGUAUAACUCCUUUUGGGCAAAGGACGAACAAGUUUGUAUCACAGUUUACUUUAAAUGAUCAGUUAAUUGGGCAGUCAUUGAACAGUAAAGAGUCUCAAAACAUGGAUGAUGACGUAAUUAGAAGAAUUCAGCCUGGUGAAAGGUGCUCCUUGCAUAUUCAGUGUUCACUGCCAGAACCAGGUUGCAGGUUCAUGUAUGAUAAAAUAGAGGACCGGUUUAACUCCCUUGAAUAUCGCAUCAAAAGACAUAGUAGUGCGUUUUUGACGUCUGGACUGUAUGGAGAGCCAAACGAUGCUACCUUGGCUUCACAGAAAAAUAUAUUUGCAGUUGGAAUGAUUUGCUGUGAUGGAGAAGGUCGGUUGAAUGAGAAGUCAAUAAUGCUACAAGGAAGCGUUGAGCAUUCAGGUGGGCAGAGUGUUCGGGUCGACCUUCAAAAGUUACAUCAGUUUUCCUUGUUUCCCGGCCAGGUGAUUGGUAUUGAAGGCCAUAAUCCUAGUGGACACUGCUUGUUGGUAUCUAAGGUCAUUGAAAAUUUGCCGUUGGCUCCUGAUGUUGGUUUGCCUCCUGCUAAGAAGCAAGCCAUGGACCAUGAACAAAAAGGUUUCCCAAGCAUAACGUCAAGAGUUCUAUCUGUGGUCCUUGCAACUGGUCCCUUCACAACAACUGAUAAUAUGCUGUUUGAACCAUUCAAAGAAUUGCUGUCCUAUGCUACCAGAAAACAACCACAGUUGCUAAUUUUGAUGGGACCAUUUAUUGACUCUGAGCAUCCGGAGAUCAAAAAGGGUACAGUAGAUAGGACCUUUGAUGAAAUUUUCCAUGUUGAAAUCCUCAGAAGGUUGCAGGAUUACACUCAGUAUAUGGGUUCUGCUGUUCGUGUUAUUCUUGUGCCAUCCAUACGUGAUGCUAACCAUGACUUUGUUUUUCCACAGUCUGCCUUCGAUAUUGAAAUUUCGGAUGACACAAAACAUCAGAUAUCUGGCCUUGCAAAUCCAUGCCUUUUCAGCACAAAUGAGAUCAUGUUUGGCUGCUGUACUGUUGAUAUUGUAAAGCAGCUUAGCAGCGAGGAGUUAUCUCGAAAUUCAAUUGAUGUUUCAGGUGAUCGUAUAAGGCGACUAGCAAUGCAUUUACUGAACCAACACAGCUUCUACCCUCUAUAUCCACCUUCAACAAGUGUUCCCCUGGAUCUAUCACUUGCACCAGAAGCCAUGGAAAUCCCUUGCACUCCUGAUGUCCUAUUGCUUCCCUCUGAUCUUGCUCCAUUUAUCAAGGUGUUAAACUAUGACAGCAGUGGCGAGGAAACCGUUAGCUGCAUGUGUAUUAACCCAGGAAGACUUGCUAAGGGUAUUGGAGGGGGUACUUUUGUAGAGCUUAAUUAUAAUGAAGAUUCAAACAACUCAUAUGCAUCCAUAAUUCGUAUUUAGUCUUUGUUUGGGACGGCUUUAAUAACUUUUUAGUAUAAAAAUUAAAAUUUUCGUAUUUAAAAAACUGCUUUAAGAAGCAGUAUGAAAGCUGUCCCAAACUAGGCCUUAAAUCUUUACUUUGGUGAUAAUACUUGCUAACGGUUGCAGCACCAUCUUGGAUAGAUACAGUUCUGUUCAGUCAGCUUGAGAAGUGAACAUUUUUCUAGGGUUGAGUAAGUGUUUUCUUUUACUAAUUUUUUUUUAUUUUUUUUAAUUGAUAGUUCCUCUGAAGCAGAAACAUUGUGAGGAUGCAAUGAGAAAUGAUUUAUAUUAGAUACAAUUAGUAAUCUCCAAGCUCUCAACAUUGUAUGUAAUUACUAUAAGCUGUUUCAUUUUCGUUUGGAAAAACUUUCUUAUUACUU